GCCUGUGUCCAUGGGGACCAGGGCUGGGCUCAGGCGAGGUCUCUCUUCUUUUCCCCCAUUGUUCGCUGAGGCGAGUCACUCGGAGCGGGGCGGAGGAGAGAAGGGCGCUGGCGAAGGCAGAGCAGCCAUGGAGGUGGUGAACAUGAUGGAACAACCCAUCAAGGUGACAGAAUGGCAGCAGACCUACACUUACGAUUCGGGCAUCCAUUCUGGGCUAAACACUCAGGUUCCUUCUGUCAGCAGCAAGUGCUUGGUGGAUGAUGACGAUCUCUAUGGCAAGCAGUACACCAUUAAGAAGACCACCACUUAUAGCCAGUCUGGAGCAGGGCAAGCUCAGGUUCAGGCUCAGGCUCAAGCAGAGUUGGAGUCUCAGCUUGCUAUGACCCGUGCCCAGCGAAUCCGAGCCGCCAUGUACCCAGAAACGGUGGAGGACCGCUCCCUUCUCAUCACCACCCAAGUUGAGGGACAGCAGACGAACGUACAGCGGUUGGCUGAACCCUCUCAGAUGCUCAAGUCGGCCAUCGUGCACCUCAUUAACUAUCAGGAUGAUGCCGAAUUGGCCACUCGUGCCAUCCCUGAGCUCACCAAACUCCUCAAUGAUGAGGAUCCGGUAAGACGGUGCAUUUGAACUGUUGCAAGAAGUCUAUAUGAUCAACUAGAACUAGGUUCCAUAGAGCAACAUAGCCCUCAAAGUAAUCCUAUACGUAGAGUUAUGUAUUCUGUGAUGGCAUGGAACUGCAUGGAACUUGCAGAAUGUGGCACUGGCCACAGAGACAGUAUUUCAGCCUUCUUCACAUUACUUCCUUUUCUCAGAUGAAGUGCUUAGCUCAAGUGGUUGUAAGGAUAUGCUUGGAUAUCCAUCCAAGCCUGGAAUAGCAAUAGCAGCUUCAGUGAAUUUCAACUUAUGUAGCUUUUGACCCUUCCAUAUGCCUCACAGAAGGGCAUUGAAUUAUGCAGCGUAGAGGAAAACACGUUAACAUGUGUGACCAUUACAGACUAUAGAAUUUGGCUGCUCCUUGGGCAAAAUCUGUCUAAAGUA